AUGACGAUUGUGGGCGGCCGGCGGCAGAGGCGAAACAACGGCGGGCGUGCGCGGUGCAGGCGCGCGUGCGUGAGGCGCGUGUCCCGGAGGCAGAGACGCCGCGUGCUGGGCGCUCACGUCGCCACGACGCACGUGGGCGCUGCCUGCCUACCUGCCUGCCUGUGUGCAGAAAGAAAGAAACCGGCGGCGCAUGUUGAGGCGGGCUGUGGCGGAUGCGGCAGCCGCGCCCAUUGUGGUGUGUGGCGCGUGCCACGUGCCCGCCGCGUGGCCUCGCCCCGCCAGCCUCCGGACCCACCGCCGCUCAUGCCCAGUCCCGCGGGCGGCGGCGGCGGCGGCCGUCACGCGCGCUGCCAGCCCGCCAUGCAUAUUUAUAAGGCGAACAGCGGCACGCGCUCUCCGGCCGCGCGCGCCCUGAAAUGUUUAGGGCCGAGUCGGAGGCACGGCCGGCCCCGGCGCGCGACGCCUAAACAAAAUUCGCUCCACACGGCGCUGCACUGGGGCGCCAAGCACGGAAACGCGCACAUCGUCAAGAUGAUGGCCGGUACUUACCACGCCGACGUCAACGCCAGAUCCAAAGAUAUUUUACUAAUAUAUAUCCUUAUUUUGUGCCGCACGUCUCGUCGGUCCGGCUUACUCAAACGGCAGAAUGGGGGCUACACUCCUCUACACCUAGCAACACAGUUUGGUUAUGAAGAAAUAGCAAACCUUCUGGUGAAUGCUUAUGGUGCUGACCAGAACCUACGUGACUACAGUGGGCGAAAAGCUCGCCAGUAUCAGGCAAGCCAGGACACAAGUGUGUCAGCCGACACAUUCCGCAAAAUCAAAGCAAGGAAAAAACAGGCAGAAAAGGACUUAGGAUUCUUGAGAAUUGGUUCACUGAAUGUGAGAGUGAAGAAAACAACUGAAGCAUUCAGCAACUUCUUAGGUGUAGGAAUAAACAGUGACAAAAUACAUAAAACCUGGGGCUCAGCUGAUAAUAUACAGCAGGUUGACCGUCGCCGAAUGCCACCACCAAAGGCAGCACCAUUGAAGAAACGUCGCUCUAGACACGGUGCUGCUGACUUUACUGGUAGCUACAGCACACCAAGUACACCUCCAAGUCAGUCUCGCACUGCAAACAGUGAGCCAGGGCAGGAUUCAGAUUCUGACUCGGCAUGUGGAUUCGGCAAUAAUUGGCAAGGCACUGUUUGAUUAAUGUGUUGUGAAUUUCAUCCAUGAGAGACUGUCUAGUGUUGGCUUGCUUGUUUUUGUGCCGUUCCAGUCCCAAAGUAUUUUUAAAACAUUUUAGUAUUGUGAAACCAGUUUCUAUAAUAUUGAUGUAGUGGUAUUCAGUUUGAUGUAUUGCUUUCUUUCCUUCAAGUUUUUCAUAUUUAUUAUAAAAUUCUGAGUAUUAUUUUUGUAUUUUUACAGAUAUGUUGUAUGUUUGAUAAAAGCUGUUAUCAGCCUACAGUAUUUUUACUUUUGUAGAAUAGUUUCUGUGUUAUCAGUUUUGCUUCAUUUCUUUGUAAAAUUGCCCUGAAUUUUGUCCUAAAUUCAGCAUUAAAGUUAAUUUAAUGUCAAUGUAAAUCAUUUUACUGCAGUGCUAUAAUUUAGUCUUAGAAGUAAUUGUCUCUGCAAGUUGUUUUCUUUGUGAUAUAUUGUCCUGAAGUAAACUUGUUCUCGUCAGCGUUCGAUUCUAGUUUUUAGAAACAUGUAGGAAAGAUAGAAAAGGAAAUAAACUGUUCAGUUCUUUUCGCAUUCAUGGUAAUUAAUAAUUAGAAUUUAUUUUUAUGUGAGAAAUGUUGUACAUUACUCAAUGAUUUAGUUGAUGCACAUGUGAAUCUCAAUACUUGUACUGUGUAGACUAUGACUGAUGGUUUACUGUAGAAAUUAAUGUAACUAUGUGAAUUAAAUAAAAUAAGUAUUUUUAACAACUUACA